UCUAAUCAAGAGCACAGCUAAGACAAGCUAAGAGAAGUUAAAACACAAACUAGACAAUGACCGGAGGAGGUGAUGAUGAGCUGAAGCUGCUCGGCAUGUGGGCGAGCCCGUUCGUUCUGCGCGUGAAACUCGCGCUCAGCUUCAAGGGUCUGAGCUACGAGUACAUCGAGGAGGACCUCAGCAACAAGAGCGACCUCCUCCUCAGCUCCAACCCAUUGCACAAGAAGGUGCCCGUGCUCAUUCACAACGGCAAGCCCGUCUGCGAGUCACAGAUCAUCGUGCAGUACGUCGACGAGGUCUUCAGCUCCACCAGCCCCGCUCUUCUCUCUGCCGAUCCCUACGAACGCUCCAUGGCACUCUUUUGGGCCGCCUUCAUUGACGACAAGUUCUUGGUCUCGUGGUUGCAGGCGGGCUGGGGCAAGACGGACGAGGAGAAGGCGGAGGGGCUGAAGCAGACGUUCGCGGCGAUUGAGACCUUGGAGGCGGCCUUCAAGGAGUGCUCCAAGGGGAAGCCCUUCUUCGGCGGCGACAGCGUCGGGUACUUGGACAUCGCGCUUGGAGGCCUGAUAGCGUUUUUGCACGCCGCAGAGGCACGUCAUGGUAUCAAGCUCUUUGAUACCACCAGGAGCCCCCUUUUGGCGGUGUGGCAGCAGCGCUUCGGCUCACUGGACGAGACCAAGGCGGUCUUACCGGACAUCCACAGGCUAGUCGAGUACGCCAGGACGAGGGAGGCGGAGGCCGAGGCUGCAGCAGCGGCCGCAAGCAACUGA